UCACAUCAAAGCUGGUAACACAUUUUUUUUUUGUGACGGUAGCAUUUGCUAACGCCAUUUAAAGAUGGCUGCCUUGUUGUUGGCGACUGUUGGGCGCUUGUUUGGAAAUUAAUGUUUAUUUCUUUGUAUUAUUAUGAGUUCAAUUGAUUAUGUUUUCGUCAUUGUGAAGAUAAACGCAUGAUUUAGUUAAUUGGUAGUUAACCCGGGCGCUGCCCCAACAGUCACCCUCGAGGAGAGCCCUUAAUGACCCACCUAGCUUAAGCCUAAGCCUUCUUUACGAUAAGUUCAACGUUAGUUAGACAAGAUGUGGCCCGCACCGCAGUACUCGCACACCAACCAGCCCAAGUCCAAUGAGCAUCAGAACCAGCAGAAUUUGAAGACGCUGGGGAUGACCUCUGCGAUUUCCAUGGCAGGUCCAAAACCGAUCGACAUCGAAAAGACGAACGAACUGAAAGAAGCCCUCGUACCGUUCGGAGUCUUCGAAUCUGAUGCUGAAAUGGACCACCGCAUGGAAGUGCUUGGAGCGCUACACAGGCUUGUGAGGCAGUGGAUACGGGAUGAGAGUAUGAGGAAGAAUAUGCCCCCAAAUGUAGCUGAUACUGUUGGUGGGAAUAUAUACACAUUCGGAUCCUAUAGACUUGGGGUCCACCACCGCGGCGCCGAUAUCGACGCGCUCUGCGUGGCGCCGCGACACAUUGACCGGACAGACUAUUUCCAGUCCUUCUACGAACUCCUACGUCAGCAGCCACAGGUUCGGGACUUGCGCGCCGUCGAAGAUGCUUUUGUGCCAGUCAUCAAAAUGAACUUUAACGGUAUCGAGAUAGAUCUGCUAUUUGCCCGCCUCGCUCUCAAGGAGAUACCAGAUUCCUUCGACCUACGAGACGACAUGCUUCUCAAGAACCUGGACCAGAAAUGCGUCCGCUCCCUAAACGGAUGUCGCGUCACCGACGAGAUACUCCGGCUCGUGCCCAACAUAGACAACUUCCGGUUGACUCUGCGCGCCAUCAAGCUGUGGGCCAAGCGUCACGGCAUCUACUCGAACACACUGGGCUACCUCGGCGGAGUCUCCUGGGCGAUGCUAGUAGCCCGCACUUGCCAACUAUACCCCAACGCCCUCCCAGCGACAUUGCUGCACAAGUUCUUCCUGGUCUUCAGCCAGUGGAAGUGGCCGCAGCCGGUGCUGCUGAAGCAACCUGACAGUGUCAACCUGGGCUUCCCGGUGUGGGAUCCAAGGGUAAACGUGUCAGACCGGUUCCACCUGAUGCCAAUCAUCACCCCCGCCUACCCGCAACAGAACUCCACCUUCAACGUGUCUGCCUCUACGAGAACAGUCAUCAUGGAGGAAUUCAGACUGGGCCUCGCAAUAACAGACGAGAUAAUGCUCUCGAAAUGCGGUUGGGAGCGUCUCUUCGAAGCUCCCAACUUCUUCGCGCGCUACAAGCACUUUAUAGUGCUGCUCGCUUCUUCAGCCAACAAGGAUGACCAGCUGCAGUGGUGUGGGCUGGUGGAGAGUCGGAUCAGACAUCUCAUCACAACCCUAGAAAGAAACCAACACAUAACCAUCGCCCACGUCAACCCAGAGUGCUACAAUUCAGUGCCGCUCAAUAUCAACAACGGGCAACCCCUCGCCUUGCCGCCUGGUGCCCCAGUCCCAGAUCCUGGUACUGAAGUCAAAAAGAAUGAAAAUGGUGAAGUACUAGCGAACCACUGUUCCAUGUGGUUCAUCGGUCUCGUGUUUGAGAAGACCAACCUCAACGUAGACCUCACGUACGACAUAUCCACGUUCACGAAGAGCGUGCAUUACCAAGCGGAGAAUACUAAUAUGCUGAGAGAAGGCAUGGCUAUUGAGGUGAGUUAUCCUUAGUAAGUCCAUCUUCUG